CGGAGUCUCGCCGGACGCGCGGGGCCCGGUCGCCGAACGGACCUGGACGACCUCUGCCUUCGUCAUUUCCUGCCGGCCCGCCGGUUUCCGGAUGAAACGAGGAGCCAGCUUGUCUUGGGCAGUAGAGAGCACUGUUGGGGCCAGGAGGCCUCUUCAAACCAAGAACUAUUUCUUUGGUGGAAAAAAACUGUUAAAAUUGUGCUCUUGAUUGGAUGACAGACCUGGAGUGAAGUGAUCCUGAAGCUGUGUGCAAUUGGAUGUGGGGCUGCAAGAUGAAGCAAGAUGAAGAGAAAUGGGAUUCUCUGAAAACCCACUUUUGUGUCCCUUUUGUCAGGAGCUGACAGUAUUAUUUUGGGGGUGUUGGGCAUCAACAGAGUCACUGAAUCUAAACAACUCCAGAGAUAGGGGAGUACAUACGUCAGCACCCCCACUGUCCAGGAAUCAGAGGAGGAAAUGCCCUUGAAUGAAGCAUGGGCCCCAGUCCUGGUUAGCAGCCAGGGAGGACACACGCUCUGCAGGUAUCUUACUUUGGAAAAAGCUCAGCUUGGCUUCCAUGUCGUCUUUGAGUAUUAGAGAGAAUCCUGUUUUGAGCAUGUCCUCAACAGAGACCAAAGAACCAGGUUUAUUCCUUCAAAAAGUCUCCUGAAGCCUGUGGAGCAGCAUCGUUUUCCAGAAGUCGAUAAUAAUAUGUUCGUGCUGCCUGUGAAUGGACUAUAUGGCCAAGUGACUCCUUGAGAUAUUCAUGGAAGAGUGGUUUAAAAAAAAAAAGAAGAAGAAGAAGAAGAAGAAAAGACAGAUUUCAAGAAGCCCACCAAUAUCAUUUCGAAGUUUUGAGGAGUUGAAAGAAGAUAGUUCUGAAAAUAUGAGUGAAAGACUCUAGCACAUAUCUUUACAUGUUUCUUACAGCACCUCUGUUAACCCAGCUGCUUUUGUGUAUAAUAUUUGAGUUACUUUCCUCUACUGCAAUAGCUGGUAGUCCCCUGAUGAACAGAGUUUUAUUUCAUGUGGAUGGAGAGCUAGUGGCUACAGUAGGAGAAAUGGGAAGGGCUACAGAAACCAGCUUCAGCUCGGAGGAGAUAUCACAGCUUUCCCAGAUUGGGAGGAAAAAUAUGGAAUGUGUUUUACCGCUGACUGAACACAACCAAAUGAACUGUACUGACAGUAGUUUGAAAACCAGCAGUUAGCAGUUUGUUCAGGCUCUAACAUUGUCCAGCACUUUCCAGAGCAAACUCACUGUUUACAAGAACUCUCGGCCUUACGACGUGUAUAACCUCAAGCUUUGUUUAUUUAAAAUAUUUCUGCAAAAGAAAAGUACCCGGAGCCCACUUUCCAAAAUGGCCAUGGAUGAGUAUUUGUGGAUGGUCAUUUUGGGUUUUAUCAUAGCUUUUAUCUUGGCGUUUUCUGUUGGUGCAAACGAUGUUGCCAAUUCAUUUGGUACUGCUGUGGGCUCUGGCGUGGUGACCUUGAGACAAGCAUGCAUUUUGGCUUCAAUAUUUGAAACCACUGGCUCAGUGUUACUGGGAGCCAAAGUGGGAGAGACCAUUCGAAAAGGUAUCAUUGAUGUGAACCUAUACAACGAGACAGUAGAAACACUAAUGGCCGGAGAAGUUAGUGCGAUGGUCGGGUCAGCAGUUUGGCAGUUGAUUGCGUCCUUCCUGAGACUCCCCAUCUCAGGCACUCAUUGCAUCGUCGGCUCUACCAUAGGGUUCUCACUUGUCGCGAUUGGCACACAAGGUGUACAGUGGAUGGAGCUCGUCAAGAUUGUUGCUUCUUGGUUUAUAUCUCCACUGUUGUCUGGUUUCAUGUCUGGCGUGCUGUUUGUACUGAUCAGAAUUUUCAUCCUAAAGAAGGAGGACCCUGUUCCCAAUGGCCUGCGGGCACUCCCAGUGUUCUAUGCAGCUACAAUAGCAAUAAAUGUGUUUUCCAUCAUGUACACGGGAGCACCAGUGCUUGGUCUGGUCCUUCCCAUGUGGGCGAUAGCACUCAUCUCCUUUGGUGUGGCGCUGCUGUUCGCCCUUUUUGUAUGGCUCUUUGUGUGUCCAUGGAUGCGGAGGAAAAUAGCAGGCAAAUUACAAAAAGAAGCUGCUUUAUCGCGAGUGUCUGAUGAAAGCCUCGGGAAAAUUCAGGAAGCAGAGUCCCCAGUAUUUAAAGAGCUACCAGGUGCCAAGGCCAAUGAUGACAGCACCGUCCCUCUCACGGGGCCAGCGGGGGAGCCAGCUGGGACCUCGGAAGGCACAUCAGUGGGGAACCACCCCCGAGCCUCCUAUGGAAGGGCACUGUCCAUGACCCAUGGCUCCGCAAAAUCACCCAUCUCCAACGGCACCUUUGGCUUCGAUGGCCACACGCGGAGCGACGGGCACGUGUACCACACGGUACACAAGGACUCGGGGCUCUACAAGGACCUGCUUCACAGAAUGCACGCGGACAGGGGCCCCGAGGAGAAGCCCGCCCCGGAGAACAACUACAGGCUGCUGCGGCGCAACAACAGCUACACGUGCUACACGGCCGCCAUCUGCGGGCUGCCCGUGCACGGCACCUUCAGAGCCGCCGACUCGUCCUCCGCGCCCGAGGACAGCGAGAAGCUGGUGGGCGACGCCGUGUCCUACUCUAAGAAGAGACUUCGCUACGACAGCUACUCGAGCUACUGCAACGCGGUCGCAGAAGCCGAGAUCGAGGCUGAUGAGGGGGGUGUGGAAAUGAAGCUGGCUUCUGAGCUGACCGAUCCCGACCAGCCCCGGGAGGACCCCGCGGAAGAGGAGAAGGAGGAGAAGGACACCGCCGAGGUCCACCUCCUGUUCCAUUUCCUGCAGGUCCUCACUGCCUGUUUUGGAUCCUUUGCUCACGGUGGCAAUGAUGUGAGUAACGCCAUCGGUCCCCUGGUAGCCUUGUGGCUGAUUUACGAGCAAGGCGCAGUCCUGCAAGAAGCAGCGACCCCCGUCUGGCUGCUGUUUUAUGGAGGAGUUGGAAUCUGCACCGGCCUCUGGGUCUGGGGGAGAAGAGUGAUCCAGACCAUGGGGAAGGACCUCACUCCCAUCACACCAUCGAGCGGCUUCACCAUCGAGCUGGCCUCCGCGUUCACCGUGGUGAUCGCCUCCAACAUCGGGCUUCCGGUCAGCACCACACACUGCAAGGUGGGCUCGGUGGUGGCCGUGGGCUGGAUCCGCUCCCGGAAGGCCGUGGACUGGCGUCUCUUCCGGAACAUCUUUGUGGCCUGGUUUGUGACUGUGCCCGUGGCUGGUUUGUUCAGCGCCGCUAUCAUGGCCCUCCUCAUGCACGGGAUCCUCCCCUACGUGUGACUUGUGUCUUCUUCCACGCCGCGCACAAGGGGUGGUCUAGGGUGGGCACGUGGGGGCGGCACGUGGCACACGGGCUGCCCACCCCCACCCCCAGCUUCUCCGCGUCCCUUCCCUAGGGUUCCAAACCACACUGUUCACCUACACUGUAGAGUCCCCCUCCAGAGCUAACUUAACUACUGUACAGAGUCACGUGCAUUAAACUGGCAUCGUGGUGACACGGCGUGGUGCGGUUACUUCCCUGUCGGCUGCGUAGUGUGUGCGUAGACUAGAUAGCGUUAUCUCCGACAUAUUCAACGUGGGAGUGGAGCUGUGUUGCCUAGGACCCAGUAUUCAACAAAUCCUUGUACGUCGUGAUUUCCGUGGCAAAUUUCAAGAACCUUUUCAAAGGAAAGUGUAGAUUGGAAAGUGGUGUUUUCCCUGUUGAACAGACUGUAAGACAAGUGCGAGUCGGGAUGGCUGGUGCACAUUUGGGCAGGUGUGCGUGCGCGGGUGUGCUCUUGAUACUGGGGUGGGGGUUCCCGAGGGCUCUCACUGAGGAAUCUGUUCAUAUACUGUGUAUUGAUUCUGUAAUAUAUCAUAAUCGCUUCUGUAAAUACUUCAAACUGUAAUUUUUUAAUGGUGUGCUUCCCUAUACUUUUUUGAUCAGAGAAUUUUGGAAAGUACCAAAGAAGCAGGGGAAUAGUUUGCCAGUAUUCUAUUUUCAUAUUGCCUGUCUCCCCUUCUCAUUAAUCCUACCGUUAGCCUGUGCUGGCGGGAGCCCGCGGGCCCUGGCCUGCCCCUCGCGGCGCAGAUGCUGAAGCACCAGCCCUCCCCUCCCCCACCUCCGCCCCCCCCACCCCCCACUGCCACCACAUGCCAGACACUGGUGAACCCGGCAGUGGCCCUUCGUCGUCAUCCGUGUAGAGAGUGUACGUACGUAAGGAUGCGUGUUCCAGCACCACAUAUCAAGUCCAGUUUAAAUUUUCACCCCUCUUCUCCCCUCGCAGCCUGAGGAACAGAAUUCUUGUCUCAAACACUAAGGCGAAUGAUACAACAUUCUAGAAAUUCAGGAGCAGGGAGAGUUGAAAUAUUAGACGAUACACUGGAUUUGAGGAUUUCCUUGAGGCCUUUACUAAGCUGAACAUCUUGAUGCUCUACUGUAGUCCCGUUGGAUUCUUUAUUUGGUAGCGGGAGGGAGGAAGUGUGACUAAUGUUAGAGCCUGAAACUAUGGAAAUGCUGCUAAAAUUUUUAUAUUGACAAACAUUUUCUUGGUACUUCAUUGUGAUUUUUCAUUAAUCAACCACAUUAAAUUUAUAAUAAAAAAAUGCCCCUCAAAA